AUGUCUUCAGCUUCUUCUUCUUUAGCUCCUUUAAUUAUAACAUCAACAUCAAAUCUCACACCAGACAAAAAGUGGGAUCUUCUUUUCAAUGUAGAUCAUACUUUAGAGAUUCCAAUGGAGAAACGGCCAAAAAUUAUUCGCCUCGCAAUCACAUCUGCUGUCAAGGAAUAUACAAUGUUGGAGUUAAGUCUUGGUGAAUGUACGCAUGAGCUGAAGUGCAAAGAAGUAGCGAACAUUAAAUACAAAGUUCGCAGGCUUGCAGAAACUUAUUUUAAGAGAAAUCCAAAUUUAAAAUUAGAUAUUUUGGAAUCCGGUUCUUAUUUAACAGAACAGGG